CUGGUCGCCUCAACUCUCCCACCCCCGCCCGGGACAGACUCCAAGUCUUCAUGCCCGGGUUAGAGUCUCGUUUCCACUACCUCCUAGCUAUGUGACAUCCGACAAGUAACUUAGGAUCUCAUAUGUAAAAUGAAUCUUGUGAGGAUUAAACGAAAGUGGCAUCUGUGCAGGAGGCUGUCCGUACAACUACGGGGAGGGCAGGAAGGAGAACUCGCUUACACCCGGUUCAGGGCCAGCAGUAGACACAGAAAACGCAACUUCAGGCCCUGCGCAGGCGCUCUCCGCAAAGACCCGGCGGGCGCUCCCGAGAACUCUGCGGCUGCGCAUUCGCCCGGCUUUGCGGCCGCACUGCUUGACGGCGGCAGUGACCGCCCUCCGGCCGGCGUUGCCGGGGUAACGACGAGCGCGUGAGGCUGAGGAAGCUAUCCUUGAGAAAUGGCAGAAGCAGUUUUCCGUGCCCCAAAGCGGAAAAGAAGAGUGUAUGAGAGUAAUGAAUCUCCACUGCCCAUCCCUUUUGGUCAGGACUAUGGGCCUAAGCAAGACUUCAAAGUGUUCACAGCAGAGAUGAUAAACAACAAUGUAAUUGUGAGGAAUGCAGAAGAUAUGGAGCAGCUCUAUGGGAAAGGUUAUUUUGGAAAAGGUAUCCUGUCUAGAAGCCGUCCAAACUUCACAAUUUCAGAUCCUAAGCUCAUUGCUAAGUGGAAAGAUAUGAAGACACAAAUGCCUAUAAUCACGUCAAAGAAGUAUCGGCAUAGUGUAGAGUGGGCCGCAGAGCUCAUGCAAAGACAGGGGCAGGAGGAGAGUACAGUGCAGAGAAUCCUCCAGGAUUACACAAAGCCACUUGAGCAUCCUGGUAUAAAAAGGAAUAAAGAAGUUCAGUGGCAUGAUGAGCGGAACUCUGAAACGGUUUCCAAAAUGGAAGGUACCGCAGAUAGAGAGGAACUUUCUGUGAUGAAUGGGGACGUGGGAAAGUCAGUUGACACCGACGGUCCCAGCAAGCCAUCAGACCGCCUGCAGGAGAGCCCUGGGCCUGACCUGCUCGCUCCAAACGGCUUGGAUGAACCUGUGGUGGAGGUUCCCAGGCUGCAACACCACCCCCUGCCUCAAGUUUCUUGUGGCAAAGAAGAUGUUCUCCUGCCCCUGCCUGACACUCAGCCUGGGGACAGGAGCCAGCAAGCGGGUCUCCUCUGUGCUAGAGAGAAGGGGCCUGGUGAUGAGUUCGUGCUGGUGGAGGAAGAUGUGUAUGACGUGAGCGAGAAGGAAUGUGCCCCAAGUGAAGAAUUGGCACCAAAAAAGAGAUUAGUAUGCAGAAGAAAUCCAUAUAGGAUCUUGGAGUAUUUGCAACUUAGCCUAGAAGAGGCCUUUUUCCUGGUCUAUGCUCUGGGAUGUCUGAGUAUUUACUAUGAGAAGGAGCCUUUAACAAUCAUGAAGCUCUGGAAAGCUUUCACUGUAGUUCAGCCCACAUUUAGGACUACGUACAUGGCAUACCAUUACUUCCGGAGCAAGGGCUGGGUGCCCAAAGUGGGACUUAAGUAUGGGACAGAUUUACUGUUGUAUCGAAAAGGCCCUCCAUUUUACCAUGCAAGUUACUCUGUCAUUAUUGAGUUAGUCGAUGACCAUUUUGAGGGCUCUCUUCGCAGACCUUUCAGUUGGAGGUCACUGGCUGCCUUGAGCAGAGUUUCGGUUAAUGUCUCCAAGGUCCUUAGUCUAGAUCCCAGGCCCAGUCACGUUCCUAGAAGGAAACCAGUGUGCUUUGAACUGAUGCUAUGCUAUUUGAUUAAACCCUCUACCAUGACUGACAAAGAGAUGGAGUCCCCAGAAUGUAUGAAACGAAUUAAAGUUCAGGAGGUGAUUCUAAGCCGUUGGGUUUCUUCACGAGAGAGGAGUGACCAAGACGAACUUUAACAAUUCAACCUCAGAAUUCUGAUUUACCAACAAAUACUAUUGAGUCUCCUACAGUAAGCCAAGUUCAGUGGAGGUAAAGAGUCCUCUUAUUGUAACCGCCCAAUAAUUGAAAAGUUUUAAAGGGCAUAGCAGUCCCAGCACCAAAAAGCUGUUAGUAUUUUACAAAAUAAAAUUACACAGGGGAGAAAAAAGAGCUCUGUGCUGGCCUUCAGAUUCUGUCCUUGGGUCAUUCACUGACUCCCAACUGAUGCCGAGCUUCUCUUCUGUGGGCCUGUGUCCUCAUCCAUUCAGUAAACAGGUCGGACUAGAUGAGUCCCAAGAGGACUCUUCCAGCAACAGGGAAAUUGUGUUACUCUCUGAUUUUACCUGAAAAUGACAGUAGUUUACAUUUAUGUGGCACAGUACUGUUUCCCAAAGGCUUGUGUACACAUGCGUCUCUUGUUACUCACCUCCAGUCUGUUCCUGAAAGAGUGCCGGAGAGGAGAUUUGGGGAUUUUAAGACCCUGUAUUCCAUUAUGUUAAAUGGAACAAAUAAUGUGUCUCACCUUAUCUAAGAACUUGAACCAAUUACUCGAACGCUUAAAAAUCCGUUUAAUAUCUGUCAAGGAUUUCCGAGUCAUAAAGCCUUUAAAACCUAAUCUCUAACUCUCAGUGAACUCACUGAUGGACAUGUUUGUGUAUAGUACGCAGCAAUAUUGUACAGUAUUAGAUAAAAAUUGCAUCGUACUUCAGUGAACUUGUUAUAAAAUUAAAAAAUGUAGUGAAAUAAUGUAUGGAGAUACAUAAUGAAUGCAGUUGGCAUUUGGCAAAAACACAAUAAACCAAGCCUUUUUCAAA